AUGGCUCAGCAGACUGACAAAGAGAAAGCUCCAAGCUCUUUAGAGAACCUGACGUGUCCAUUAUGUCUUGAUAUCUUCGACGAAGCAACGAUCCUGACUUCAUGUGGACACACCUUCUGUCGGAAAUGUCUUAAGAACUAUGACCUUUCCCACCAGGAUCUCGAUCACAUGAUCUGUCCUCUCUGCAGGAAGAUCACCAAGUUGUCUGCGAACCGUGUCGGUAAUCUCCUCACCAAUGUGACUGUCAACGGACUUGUAGAUAAUUACCACGCCGAGUGUGGAGGGAUGAACGUUGUCCUUGAGAUGCGUCCAAAAUGCACUGCUUCGAAGUUUCAUCAAGAAUCAGAUGCUGUUUCAUUCUGUAGAACGUGUAAUAAUUACAUGUGCACUGAUUGCGACUGCAGCCAUGCGCUGCUGACAUCAGUCUUUGAAGGUCAUGAGAUUGUAUCCAUACAGGAUAUCAUAAACGGGAAGGUCAGUAUUGGUCAUCUUUCCGAGAAGUGCUGCAUCCACAAACAAGAGAACAAAGAUGUGUUUUGUGAGGAUUGUAAGGUCCAUGUCUGUCUCAAGUGCGUGAUCGUCGGUCAUCAACAUCACAACAUCAAGAAUCAGGCUGACUUCGAGCAGCAGUUAAGUCUUAAGGUGAACAACCUUGUCCAGCGAUGUGCCGCUAAAAAGACAGAACUGGAGAAGAACAUUCAGAAUGUUGAAGUACAACGCCAUGAAGUAUACACUGCCGUGCAGGAAAUAUUAGACGAUGUCAGUCAAGCCUACAGCAUCAAGGCCAAAGAGCUUGAAGAAAAUCAUCGAAAUCUCAUUGAGCAAAUCAAUGCAAUAAAGCGGAGUUUCGAUGACGACCUCAGCGUCUUGAAAUCCAAGGAUCGACAGAGGAUCAAGACUAUUUUUGUAGUUCAAUAA